AGAAAGAAAGGGUUUAGUUUUUGGAAAUUGCAAUACCUUCUUUCCCAUUUCUUUCAAAUAAAGCGUUGCGAACUUGCAUAUGGCCUAUACAAUUCCAUACAAUUCUGAUUUCAGAUUCAUCUGUGCCUGCUUAAUCAGAUAGACAGAUUUAAUCCACUCUAGCCACUAAAGUUUUAUCAUGAUUGUCUCAUAUGGGCAAAGGGACCGCAUAAGAGAAUGACGGCAGAGUUUGAUUCAAAGUCUGCUGCUGAACCUCACAAGAUGUCUGGAGCUUCAUCUGCAGCACCUACUAGUGGUCAAAAGCUCUCUAUAUUUGCUGCCAAAUCUGGAUUUGUCAUCCCUAAAAACAAAUUAUCAGGGUCUUUGGUCCCCAUUUUCCGAGGAGCCAAAAAACAUGGGGUCACAGGAGCCAUCAAUGAAGAAAGUUCAAAACAAAAUGAAAGGGGAUCAAAAUGGGGACCUGAUCUGACACAGGAUGCGGCUGUCCGGAGGGGAAAGGCUUUAGCUUUGCAGAUUCGAGUUGAUCAAAUCACAAAGCAGUUGGAAUCAGAAGUAUUGGAGGUUGAAAGCACUCAGAACUUGCCAUUAGUGGCUGAGCAUCCAGAUCAAAGCAUGUCUGACCCUCAAAGUAACAGCAAGAAGUCAGAAAUGCUGGAACUUGAAAAGCGGGAAGCGAUAGGUGAAAUACUAAAAUUAGAUCCCAGUUACAAGCCUCCACCUGGUUUUAAACCGUUGUUAAAAGAGGCCAAUGUUCUUUUGCCUGUCCAAGAAUAUCCUGGAUACAAUUUUAUUGGUCUAAUAUAUGGGCUUGAAGGUGAUAACCAAAAGCGACUAGAAAAGGAAACUGGUGCCAAGAUAAAAAUUCAUGGAACCAAAGCAGACACUGGAGAAAAAGGUGAAAUUAAACCAGGAACUGAUAUCCAGUGCAGUUACAAAGAGAUGCAUGUUAACAUAUCAGCUGAUAGUUUUGAUAAAGUGGAUGCAGCAGUGUCUAUCAUUGAACUACUAAUGACCUCUGUAAUUGGGAAUUUAGCUUCUGGUUCCACACCCUCUGAAUCAGUUUCUAGAGAUUGCACUAAUGUUCUGAGUCAAAGUCAAGAUGGACCCCCUUCUCAUGCAAUGUCUCUAUCUCUGGAAAACCAGACUGUGUUGCAACCAGUAGCUGUUACACAAAUACAUGGAAAUCACUUUCAAUACUCUGGUCCAUGGUUUUCAGGGGUUCCAUCUCAUACCCCAGUAUUUGCUUCUUCUGGCAGUAUGGCCCCUCCAAAUCCACCAGGUCUUGCUAGAACUCCUCAUUUUCCAUCACAAAUAAUGAAUCCUUCAAACAUGACUUCAACUUUUGGUGCUCAACAUGUACCUGUUACUGGAUUCCACCCGGCUUUUCCAAAUCACCAUGUUCCUAUGCAAGCACCACCACCAAGACAGAUUUUACAGCAUUCGCGUAUGACUCAGGCAAGUCAUUUCGGUCACAUUGGGCCACCAAGAAAUCCUUCUAUAAUAUCUGUACAGAAUUUGGCAGCUCCAAAAAAUGCUUCACUUCCAUUUCCUGUGUCUUCGAUGUCUCAACCUAUAUCUGGUAUGUCACCAGCACAAAUACCGAACCAGCCAUUGACACCUCUUGGGGUCUCUUUGGAACAGAGUGGAGCACCUGUCACUGUUUCUGUAGGUCUCAGCAAUAAGGGGCUGAUGGCUCCACCGGCAGCUCGACCUCGCAGACCUGUUUCUCUACACCCACAACCGGACGUUGCAUUUAAGCCACCACAGCCAAAUAUGUCAAUGAUGCCACGAUCUGCCACUUUUCCUCCACAUCAAGCAGGAAUUUCCGCUGGACUGCCAUCUUCUUUGGGACCAAUGUCUUUACCAAUACCUGCACCUACUCAUUCAUCUGCAAACCAUUUAUCGGGACCUCCUUCAUUUCCUUCGCCUGGAAUAUCCCCUUCAUUUCCAUUACCUCAGCAAUCAGGAAUACCUAAUUCUGCUUCUGGUGCUACUCCUUAUCACGCCAACGUAAAACCACCAGUCUUGAUGACUUCAAAUUCUGGAAAUUUUACUUUUCAAUCACAGCAGCCCAAUAAUCAAGUGGUUUCUAGACCAAACAAUCAAGCUACUAUUCAAGGUGGUCAACAAGAGCCACCUUCUGGUCCACGGCCACAACCACCAUUUGGGUUUGCUGUGCCUGAUCAGGCUCUUCAAACCUUUCCGAGGACACAAGUUCCCAACCAGGUGGAUCUAACCCAAGCUCAUGUAUCUGCUGUUCCCUUUGUGGGAAGAUUAGGUUCCGUCUCAGUUCCACCCAGACACACUGCAUUUCCAUAUGCUGGUCAACCUGCUCCUAGGUCUCAAGUACCACAAAUGGGUAUGAAGAACUUCAUUUCUGCCCCUCAACUGCCAAACUUGCCCGGUCCUGGGAUCCAAAGAGGCAUGCACAUUCGACAAAGCUAUCCUGCUCAGAGGGCAUGGUCAGAUAUCUCAAUGCCUCUGAAUCAGAAGUUUGGCAACAAUCACUCCAUGGCUUCUGUUAAGCCAGCAUAUCCUGCGGACCAAAUCUAUGAUCCCUUUUCACCCACUUCUGUUGCACCUCCACAACAGAAAGGUAAUCCUGGAAAAUGAGGGAGUUGGAUAUGGCUACAGAUCGUAAUACUGACGAAGUAAAAAGUUACGACUGCAGUUUGUGGAGACAUACUAAUUUCAUAGAUUAAAAUCAUGUAAUUUCUAACCAGAAAGUUUGGUUGGCUCCCUGUGAUGACUGAUUGUAUUACUUUUUUAUUUAAUGUUUCUUUUCUGAAUGCCCAUUACGGAUGCUUG